UAUUCCCACCACAUUGCGUGAUGCACAACAUAUGAUAUAUUACUAAAAUGUGAGGUUAUGUGGCAUAAGGAUCAGCUCUGAUCAGCUCUUGUUACUGUUGAUAAAACAAUUUUCUUCGUGAAUACAAAAAAAGAGCAAAACGUUAAAAUGUCGUCGUGGAAGAAAGCCGCGAAAAUGAACCAGAAGACCCACCGGGAACGUCAUCAACCGGACGCCCGCAAACAUCUGGGGCUGUUAGAGAAAAAGAAAGACUAUGUUGCCAGAGCUAAAAACUUCCAGGAAAAGCGGGCGACAAUCAAACUCCUAAGAAAGCGUGCACUGAAUAAGAAUCCAGAUGAGUUUCAUUUUCAUAUGAUCAAUUCCAAAGUGAUGAAUAGUGUUCAUCGAGAGAAGGACAAGGAAGAUCAGCACACACCUCAACAAAUCAAGCUAAUGGAGACACGAGACCUCAAAUAUGUAGCAUAUAAGAGGAACAUUGAGACAAAGAAAAUAGACAAGUUGCAGAGUCAGUUGCACAUGAUUGAUGCAGCCAAUGAGACACAGAAUCAGCAUAUCUUCUUCUUAGACGACGAUGAGAUAAAGGAUUUUGACCUUGCCAAAAAAUUGAAUACACAUCCAGCGCUUCUGUCCAGGCGUACAAAUCGGCCUACUUUAAAUGCAAUCAAAAAUAUGAAGCUACAGGAAUUGGACAAUAAGAGUAUUGUUAAGUUCGAGCAAAAGAAACACAUGGCUUAUAAAGAACUCGAGAAGAGAAUUGACAGGGAACGUGAACUGACAGUUGUGCAGCAGAAGCUGGAGGUACGUAGAGCGCUGAAAGAUAAGAAAGACAGGAAACCAAAAUUAGUGAAAUCUGGUUCGAAGGAUGCUGCUCCUAUUUAUAGGUGGAAGUUUGAGAGAAAACAAUAA